AGUCAAAUUGAAAAUGAAGUAAACGGGAAAAAAAGGAAAAAAAUGUCUCUUGUUUCCCCAGCUCCCUCUGAACCCCCUCCGGCGGACCCAAUCCCCCCCUCCCUUCCCCCACCGCCCAACAUACUAGCCAUCAUUUCGCCCUCACCAGGACCAGAUCCAGCCACACCUACAGUGGUGCCCUCCCAACCCAGCCCCAACCCAACGCUGGCGGUAAAAUCCUUUCGGGAUACAUUGGUGGAUGGAAAUGCUUCCAUCGAGCCUCCCCUCGUCACAUAUGAAGAAUUGGUGGCUGCAAACCUGGAGCAAGAAUCCUCAACCCCUAUGGCAGAAGAUGGGUCACAUCCUUCCAAGCCAAAGAUCCCCAAGGUUAGAAUACCUAAAUCAAUCUGGCAGCGACUUUGUGCCCCCUGGAAAAAUGCAGUAAUUAUCAAGCUCCUGGGGAAAUCUGUCAACUUCCACAGUUUGCACUCACGAUUAUUGAAAGAAUGGCGAACAGAAAGAGGGCCAUAUAAAAUGUUUGAUCAUUAUUUGGCCGUUCAACCUUGGGAACCAGGUUUUCAUCCAGCAAGAGCAAAAGCCCCCAAGACAGCAGUGUGGGUUAAAUUACAUGGUGUUCCAAUAGUUUGCUUUCAUGAGGCUAUUUGUCUUUAUCUGGGCAGUAAAAUUGGUAAACCGAUCAAAGUUGAUCCUACAACCCUCCUUGCUGCCAGAGGAAAAUUUGCAAGAGUUUGCAUUCAAGUUGACCUCAGCCAACCACUCCCAUCAUCCGUGGACCUAGACUUAGAGGAGUUACCUCAGUCUCUCAUUCCGGUGGAAUUUGAAGGCCUACAUAAAAUCUGUUUCCAGUGUGGGGAAUUUGGGCACACAGAGAACUAUUGUCGUUUUAAGAAUCCUGGGAAGGCCUCUCCCGUUGGCAACCCCAGCUCAAAGGCUAUGAUCGAGUUAACUCAAACUUUAAAGCCAAAUCAGGAAGAAAAUGAUAUGACUUUUGGCCCGUGGAUGGUUCAGCAAAGGAAGCCACGACGGCAGCAGCAGCCCCGCCGCUCAGUCGAGCCGUCAGCCGGCAAACCAACUAUCUCCCGAAAAGUUCAGGAUCCACAUAAACCCAUUACCAAAAACCAAGCGCAAUCCUUGGCCCCUAAGAUUAUUGCCAAUUCUGGUUCCCAUGAAUCCAGGAGCAAUCGUUUUGCAGUGAUGUCAGAGCUAAUGGGGGAAGAGACAGAUUUGCUAAAUUCAAAUAUGGUGACUGAACCCUCACUGGCAGGAAGCUUGCCUCAGACUGAGGAGUCCACAGAACAAGCUAAGCCAAUGGACAUUAAUAUCCCAAGCCCUCCCCCUGCUCCAUCAACGGAUUUUGUCAAGCCUCAACACAAAAGAAGAAAGGCAAAAUCUGGGGGCCCAAUCCCUAAAGAUUCUAAACCUACCAUUCCCAAGCCUUACCAGCCCUCACAAGGCAUUAACAAACAGAAAGAACCUUCCUCUCUAUUGCCCACAAUGGCAAAAAUUAGGAGUAAAAAGGUGCCAGUGCCAAGAUCUACCUCUCCAAUGAUUGAAGUACACCCCCAACACCACCCAUUAUCAUUAGCACCUGCUCCAGACCAAAAUCAAGCACCAGUGCUUGCCUCAGUUGACUCAGCCAUCAUGGUCAAAAUUCAUCCACCCCAGGCUGCGAACUCAGCAGAGGCUGACUCACCAGAUCUCCCCUUCAUGUCGAGACUUGGUUACGAUAAACAACACAGAGUUCAUUCUCUGGGAAGAGCAGGUGGUUUAUGGUUGUUUUGGAAAUCCUCCUUAGUGGAUUUAGAGGUGUUAUCAUCCAACAACCAAGCCAUUCAUGGCUUUGUUAAACAACAACGUCUUUCCUUCUUCAUUACUUUUGCUUAUGCUCAGCCACACACUGUAAUGAAAAAUGAGUUUUGGUCGUUCCUGCACGACUUAGCCUUAUCUACUACUGAAAGUUGGGUGGUGAUGGGAGACUUUAAUGACAUAGCUACUGUUGACGAAGCCUCACCUAGAGCAGUGCAUAGAUUCACUAGUGCUCGUCAUUUUCGGGAACACCUAGAAGCUUGUCAUCUACACUCUAAGGACUCGCUGGGGUGUAAGUUCACUUGGAUACGCCAGACAAAUGGUCGAGUUACCCUGCGGGAGAGGCUUGACAGGGCACUUUUCAAUCUUGCUGGCCUUGAGGAAUUCCCAGAUGCAAAACUUAUCAAUUUACCAAGACUAUGUAGUGAUCACCAUCCCAUCAUGUUAAACAUUGAUCCCCCUAAUCGGAUUUCAAGGGCCACAAAACCACCUAGAUUUGAAGCCGCUUGGUUAACCCAUGGGGGUUUUAAGGAGGUGUUCUGUCGUGCAUGGAUGACUCAUGACCACUCACUCCCUUUGGCUAUUAGUGCUGUUCGAACAGCUUGCUUCAGUUGGAACAAAACAGUGUUCGGGGAUUUAUUUCGAAGCAAGCGUCUUUUAAGAGCACGACUUAGGGGAAUACAGAACUCCCCCCAUUACAAUCACUCCCUCUACCUUCAGAAUUUGGAAAUGGAACUGCUAGAGGAAUAUCACAAAGUGUUGCAUGCAGAGGAACUAUUUUGGUGUCAGAAAUCACGGGUUGAAUGGAUUAAUUCUGGUGAUAGGAAUACGCGAUUCUACCAUGCAUCUACAGUGAUAAGAAGAGCACAGAAUCGAAUCACGGCCUUGAAAGUAAAUGAUUCUUGGGUGACAGAUCCAAUCGCCUUGAAGAAUCAUGUCCAAGAUUUUUUUGUGGAUUUGUUUUCCCAAAAGGUGACUAGAGCUACUGACAUUGACUACUCUUGCUUUCAGCCAAAAAUGUCAGAUGAAGAUAGUGCUUCCUUGUUGCUUCCUAUCUCCAUGGAGGAAGUCAAAUUAGCUCUCUUUUCCAUGAAAGGUCUCAAAAGUCCUGGUCCUGAUGGUAGAAGUACAACGGAUAACAUCAUUCUAGUUCAAGAGGCUAUCCAUUCUAUGAGGCGACUAAAAGGGAAAAAAGGGGCCCUAGCAUUCAAGAUAGACCUCCAUAAAGCCUUCGACAGUGUAGAUUGGAACUACCUCAGGGAAGUAUUGAUUGAUUUCAACCUGCCAGAUCAAUUAGUUCGAUUGAUCAUGUUUUCAGUUACUUCAUUGCAGCUUUCUGUCAUUUGGAAUGGAGAGGAAUUACCUUACUUCCAGCCAAAGAGAGGUCUACGUCAAGGCGACCCCUUAUCGCCGUACCUCUUCAUUAUGGUGAUGGAGAAACUCUCCCAUAUGAUUAUGAGUCGAUUGCAAGAACACAAAUGGACUCCCUUCCGACUGUCACACGGGGGACUAACACUCUCACAUUUGUUUUUUGCAGAUGAUCUCAUGUUGUUUGGGAAAGCUUCAAUCACUCAAAUUGAAACUAUUAUAGAUUGUCUCUCUGAAUUUGCAAGACGAUCAGGAUUAGAGAUAAACUUGGGCAAGUCUAAGUUAUUUGUUUCUCCAAAUAUCCAGGGACAGUUAGCAAACUCCUUCAGUUCUGCUUGCGGCAUCCCUUUAACGCAUGAUCUUGGCAUUUACCUUGGGGUGCCUAUUAUCCAUGGCAGGUUCAAGGCCAGCAACUACAAAUAUAUUCUUGAAAAAAUGCAGAUUAAGCUUGCAGGGUGGAAACAGAAGUCCCUAAGUCUGGCGGGUAGGAGAACACUAGUGCAAUCGGUAACCUCCUCGAUACCAACCUAUACCAUGCAAACAGUUCUCCUUCCUAGCAGCACAUGUUCAGCCAUAGAUUCCUUGAAUCGCAAAUUCCUCUGGGGUUCAGAUAUACAAACUAACAAACCACACCUUGUCCAUUGGAAUGAUGUCUGUUUACCGAGGAGAUAUGGUGGACUGGGUGUGAGAUCUGCCAAAGAGUGUAACAAGGCUUUGAUUGCCAAGCUAGGUUGGCAAAUACUUUCAGGGGGUGAGAAGCCAUGGUGCCAAGCUAUCAAGCAUAAAUACCUUCAUUCAGCGAGUUUCUCUAGUUGCAAGCCCACGCCUUCUUCAUCCAUAACAUGGCGAAGCAUCUUAAAAACUAGAGAGGUUUUACAGCUGGGAACACGGUGGAGAGUAGGAUCUGGCUGUAACAUACAGCUUUGGAAUGACAUCUGGGUAGGCUGCACCGAGAGAGUGAAGCUCUUCGUUUGGUUGCUUUGGAGAGGAAAAAUUCUCACAAACUCCGUUCGCUUCGAGCGCCACAUGGCUCCUACGCCGGUGUGCCCUCGCUGUGAGCAAUCACCCGAAACCCCUCUACACCUCCUGAGAGACUGUUUCUACUCACGGCUAGUUUGGCAGUCGGCGAGUCUUCUACCUAUUGACUUCUUUUCUCUGAACUUUGAUUCUUGGUUGAAAAGGAAUGCUAUCACACCAAGGCAAAAGACCAACUCUCCGAACUUAUGGCCAUUUGUCUUUCUCGCAACCAUCUGGCACUUGUGGAAGAGUAGGAAUAAAUUGGUGUUUGAAGGGCAACGGAUCCCGCCACAUCUUGUUGCUAACCAGGCUCACACCUUUGCUUUGGAAUCAAGAUUUGCCUUGGAAUCAGUUAAUCUGAUUCAUGACACUAGAACUCCCAAAUGGGUCUCUUGGACCCCACCACCACAUCCUUAUCUUAAACUAAACACCGAUGGAUCCCACAAUCAUCACUCAGGCAAAGCAGCAGCUGGAGGACUCAUUCGUGAUCACAACGGGCGUUGGGUUCAUGGCUUUGCUGUAAACAUUGGUCCCACAACAAGUUUCUUGGCUGAGUUGUGGGGUUGCAAAGAAGGUCUCAAGCUUGCUCACUCUCUGGGGAUACAGCAGUUGAUUUCUUUAGCAGCUGCCUGGUACAACACACUCUCAGGGAGGGGAAUUUAGCUGCGGAUUUUAUGGCAUCCAUGGGUCACGAAUUAACUUUGG